AGGCCGGCGGAGGGACCACAGUGAGUGUCCGCUCAGCAGAAGCAGCCAUGACCACGACAAUGAUGAGGGUUGCCGCCGUGCUGGCCGCCCUGGCGGCCGUCGCCGCCGCCGCGCCCCAGGUCAGCCGGAACGCGAUCCAGUCCGGGGACGACCUCGUCGACUCGCUGUACAGUGACUGUCUGCAGAAGAACUCGGUGUCGUGUGUUAAAUACAAGUUGUUCUCGUUCGUGGACAAGGUGCUGGGCGGCAAGGACAGCUUCAGCCUCGCCGAGGGUGUGACCGUCGUGCAGGCUCCCGUGCCCGCCGGCGGCGAUGGCGCACCCCGCGCGCUUACCCCCGAGGACGCCGAGAGCCAGGACGUCGAGAGCAUGCUGUCGUCGCGCAUCAAGCGCUUCCUCGACACACACACCGUCAAGAUCGACCUCAAGGGCAGCGACGUCCUCAACGCCGUCAACUCUGCGGGCCGCGCGCUAGGCGACAUGGCCGACUCCCUGGGGCUCACCGAGCCAGAAGAGACCGGCCUGGUCGGCGAGGAGAGCAGGGGAAAGAAGAAGAAGGCCGCCAAGAUCCUGCUGCCCCUCCUGCUGAUGAUGAAGCUGAAGGCCGCCGCCCUCAUCCCCCUGGCCCUCGGAGCCAUCGCCCUCAUCGCCGGCAAGGCCCUGCUCAUCGGUAAGAUCGCCCUGCUGCUCGCCUCCAUCAUCGGCCUGAAGAAGCUGCUGUCCCAGCAGCAGAAGACCGUCACCUACGAGAUUGUGUCGCACGGCCACGGUCACGGCGGUGGCGGCGGCGGCGGCGGCCACGACUCCUGGUCCUCCGGCUCCGGCGCGUCCUUCGGCGGCGGCAGCAGCGGCGGCGACUACGGCGGCAGCAGCGGCGGCGGCGGCCACGGCAGCAGCGGCGGCUGGGGCAGGUCCAUCGUCGAGGACCCCCACCAGAUGGCCUACAAGGCGCAGGCGCCUCAGCAGUAAAGAGGAGCAGAGUCAUCCACCAUCGUGGGCCCCGCCCUGCAGACCCCGGGCGGGCAGCUGCCGUCGGGGGUCGCCGCUGCGCAGCGCGGCUACCGCCGGGUAGCUGGGCUGGAGCGCGGCGUACCAACAGACGGCGGUUCGAAUACGAUCAACGCCGCUGGACGAAAAAAAAAGUCCUCUUCCGGUCCCUUCGGAUAGAGGCGACGGCGUUUCAAUCGAGAGUGAACAUCACCAAGUCCUCAUCCCCAUCCCCAGAUCAUCCACCCUCGAGUUGAAAAGAGAUCUAGAUUUUUUUACCCGUCCCCCAUCCCCAUCCCCUUAAUUUAUUUUUAAAUUAUUUGUGAGUGUAUAUAAGCUGAUAUUUAUUACUAAAUAUCCUCCUCGUGCCUGUCUUCUGACAAAACCUGAAAAUUGUGUAACUUUUUGCCAUUUCCCUGUGAAAAGACUAAUUAUUGCGACUUCUGAGUGGAGAGCGGACGAACUGUACAUAAAAUAGACGCUAGCAACCUGCAUUAUAGACGGACUGGAGUACAUAAUAAGCACUGGACAUAGUACAACUGAGUGAUGACAGAGCUGGAGGGACUGAAAAAAUAUCUCUAAGCUAAACUUUGUACUUACAUUGACUACUUGCCAAAGACUAAUUGACCAUCAUUGUACAUUCUACUGUGAAAAGUACAUAAUUGAAAACCGAA